UCGGCGUCAGACAGGCUCGUGGCGCGCCUCACCGCCGAGGUGAAGGAGCUGCGGGAGGGCCUCGACGCGACCCUGGAGGCGCUCGACGCGGUCGCCGAGUGCGAAGGCCUCGCGGACUUCCUGGCUGCGUGCGCGCCCGCGCUCGCCCCCCUGCUGGUAGGUCUGUACCCGAGGGCGCUGCAGCGGCUGCGUCGCAACGCGGCGAAGUCGCUUCGACUGGGGGUCGCUGUGGAUUGCGAGGGCGCAGUGGACGGCGACGAAGUAACGCUGGGCGGCUGGGAUAUCACCGUGGAGGUCUGUGUCGCAGAACCCUCGGCUGGUGCUGGGACGGCUCACGGCCCACUUGGAGGUGUGCGCACUUUCUGGGCAGGCGGGAGCACCUGGUGGGUGGCGGCACCGCCUUUCGUGCAGGGCGCGGUCCAGCACCCAGAGCGACACGGAGCAGACAUCGAUGCGGUGCUGGGCGCGUUGGCGCAGCCUGGACUCGUAGUCCCUGCAGGGGAUGUCUGCCCCACGGCUGGCGGCGUUGCUGCCGCGCUGGGCUCGGAUGGCGCUGGCCCUGUCGUCGGGGCGAGCUCGGACGUUGACGUCGAGUGCAAGGACACGGAUGACCUUGAUAAUCUCUCCGCGCGGCAGCAGCGGACGGCGACCCUCGUUAUCCAGACGGGGAGGUCCACGGCCGACAUCCUCGCGGCGAUGCUGGGUGGCCUCUGCCCCGUGUGCCUGUCGCCCCGUCUUCUUCCUCGCAAGGCGCCGAGGCCGAUCGACGGCGAUGACGCCUUUGUAUGCGAGCUGUGCAUGGAGCCGGUGGAGCUCGACGAGCUCUUCCUGCUGUUCGUGCCAGAGGCGCUGAUCGUCCUCUCCCGAUUCGCAUAG